AUGGCCACAACAGCGCUACACGGGUGGCACCCCGGCGAGCUCAGCAUCCAGCGAAAGCUCGGGUUCGCUAACGCCGUCACUGAUGGCUGGUCCCGCAUCAGCAACUUCAUGCCAGAGCAGCAUCGCCUGUUUCACACUUCCAAUCUCCCCUUCAUUCCCAUCGCUACUCUUGAUGAAGAGGGCCGACCCUGGGCCUCAAUUGUUGCUGGACCUACGGGUGAAGUUGGUUUCGUGAAGAGUCCUGAUUCACAAACUCUGUCCAUUCAUACUCGAUUAUGGGAAGGUGAUCCACUUUUAGACACAGCCAAAGCAUGGAUCGAUCAAAAAAGGCGAAAAGCACCUCGCGAGAGAUUUCUCACUGCGGGCCUGGGCAUUGAAUUCUCAACGCGAAGACGAAACAAGUUUGCGGGGACUAUACGCGGUGUGAGACGCUGGUCGGAUUCAGAGUACCAAAUUGACGUGGAUGUCAUCGAGGCCCUAGGAAACUGCCCAAAGUACAUCAACAUUCGCAAGCUCGUACCCUAUCCGCAUACGCGACCUAAAGUUGUCUACCAACAUCAGCAUCUGAAUCCGCAGCAACGCCUUCCAGAAGAGAUGAUUCAAUUCAUUACCGACGCCGAUACCGUCUUCAUCGGGUCAAUCUUCAAAUCAGAUGUCUCGGAAUUCCCUUCGCACGCCGGCAUGAAUGCGCGAGGUGGUUUACCCGGUUUCAUUCGUGUCCGCCCAUCCGAUGGUCGCACAGUGGUGAUUCCAGAUUAUUCAGGCAACCGAUUUGUCUCCAGUCUGGGAAACAUAGAGUCUAGUGGGGUGGUCGGCUUGACUAUCGUAUCUUUCACAACAGGAGAUAUUCUCUACCUGACAGGCACUGCCGAGAACAUUGUGGGAUCACCCGCGCUCAAGAUUAUGGCUAGACAUGCCAGUAUCACAUCGGUACAUGCUACAGGCUUCACCUUUGUUCACGACGCUCUUCCCGUCCGACAGCAAAUGGGCACCUCCGUUGAGCGCAGUCCGUACAGCCCGAAAAUCAAGUACCUGGUAGAAGAGGCGGGGACACAAAUGGGCGGUGCUCAACAACAUAAAGCGCAGCUUCAAGAAGCAGUACAACUCUCUUCCGACCUUGCUGUUUUCAAAUUCAAAGUCAGCUCAGCUGCCGGUGCCAAUGAUCUUAACAUUCGCCCCGGGCAAGCUAUCGUACUUGACUUUAUGGAUUGGAUUGGGCCACCUCAGUACCAACACAUGGCGAAUUCAGCACCUGGGUCGAUCAAUGACGAUCGAGUCCGCACUUGGACCGUGUCGAGCGCUCACGAAGAAGGGAAGACGAUUUGCUUUGAAUUAACCAUGCGCGAGGUGAUAGGAGGUGCGGUCACUGGUGCCUUGUUUGAUCUCCUGAGGAAAGCCCAUGCAAGCAAAAUCGGUCAACCAAUUUACUUCAAUGCCCUUGUGUCUGCAGACAUUGUUGGCAUCACGGGGGACUUUUGCAUGGGCCAGGGCAAGCUCAAUAUUCUGUUGGUAGCCGGUGGAAUUGGGCUAACACCCUUUCUGGCCAUGCUCAGUGCACUGGCUGAGCGGGGGUCCAAAGCCGAGGGUGAAGUCGUCUUUGUUUUGGCAACAAGAGAGCCAGAAAUCAUGGUCAACUUGAUGAAACCAGCUCUUGAAAAGAUGUCAUCGACGAUAAACAUCAAAAUCGCCAUGUUCAGCAAUGAAUCGAACUUCGACACAGCAUAUCUCAAUACACCGAGCCGGGAGAUCUCCAUGCACACGGGUCGUGUUGUCGCAGAGUACUGGAAAGGCUUACCACUAGACAAAGAGGUCUUUAUCUGUGGUCCCAAUGGAUUUGGGGACUCGGUCACUGACGGACUACAAGCCGCCGGUUUCCCAUUGACUCGAAUCCACAGAGAAGGUUUCUAUUAA